GGGCUUGUCCUUGACGCAUAAUCGGAACUUGGGAAUUGGAUUCGCCAUUGCGGGCAUGGGGUUGAUGGGGUUGAGUUUUGCUCUGACGGCAUGAUAAUAACAUUGCAUACGACUCGUAUAAACGGCAUACUUAUCUUGACAAUAAUGCAUUGUUGGGCUUCUUAUGGGAACAGUUCAAUAACCUGGAUAUCUUUCAUUACGCAUUGCACGAGUUACGAUUAUUUGGUUUUUUUUUUUUUUUUUUUCGAUUGCUUCGGUUUGGCUAGUUUGUUUAUAAAUAGAAUGCAUUAGUCUUGACAAUAGGAUACUACAAUUGGACUCAUUGUGUUGGAGAAGCUUUUCACGGUAGUAGAGCAUGCAUAGUCUUAGACUGGAAAAUGCUCUAUAAAAUGGAAGACAU